AACGACAAGAGGGUUGGACAGGUAGAAAUAGAACUGCCAACAGGCCACCGAUAGUCCAGGGUAACCCUUGUUGGCCCUGUGAUCUUCGAUAUCCUUACGACCUCAUUCCGUUGAUAAGUAGCUCGCUAUUGAAGACACUGAUUCGUAAGCAUCAACAGGAAGUAUGGUGCCGUACACUCCGUACGGCGUACAAGUGACAUUUAACCGUCGGACCACCACAACCCUUACGAGAUGAUGAAAUUCCGUGUUUUAUAAGUACUCUAUGUCAGUGAUCAGCGGUUCAAACGUUCACCACUGACACUUUGAAUUCGCCAUUCGAUCUGCACACUUUCCAUGUCGGAACUUGAACAAUAUUCAUAUGAUCUCCGCUGGAAUAACAAUAUGGCUGUUGUAACCAUUACCCUGGUAGUUUAUGACUACAUACUUCAGUUCGAGAAUGAGGUCCAGUUUGUUUGGGGAAGACAGUUGUCAGUGAUGGCAUAUCUUUACCUUGCUGUUCGAUAUCUUGGUAUUUUCCUUGCAAUGCUUUGCGCCUUGUGGGGAGGACUGAUAUAUAUGCCUGUGUCAGUGAGCUACCCUCUUGUUAUUUUGAUACAAUGGUGUUUUUCUGCAUAUUUUUGCUUGUCGGAAGUCAUUCUCAUCUGGCGUCUUUAUGUUCUAUACAACCAAUCCAAGCUCCUACUUUAUGGUCUACUAGGGUUGUUCCUACCUGUCGUCGCGCUCUAUAUAGGGAUGGAUAUUUUUUUAUACAGUCGACCGUCAGCGUUGUCAGUGCAAGAAAUAAUAACUCCGAACUUCGAGUACUGCGCGACUUCCUUCCACAUGGGGCCUAUGCCUGCGAUAUAUGCUUCCAUCCCCGUCAUGUGCUUUGAUAUUUUUUUAGUGGUUCUCGCAGCUGCCAUCCUCGUGAAACACAUGAAAGAUCGGAGGGAAAUUGGAAUGAGGCCUAACGCCUAUGUGUUAAUGAUCGUGCGAUAUCAUAUCAUAUACUUUGUCCUAAAUUUGGCAACUCAAAUCUUCAUGGUGUUGGUAUGGGCCAACCUUUCGAUCCCGGUGUUCAGUGUCAUAAUGACGUUCAGCGAUACCGUUCCAUUUAUUAUGGUGCCCCGUCUGAUCAUCAGCAUUUGGGAUACGCAUGCCAACAUCAAGUGCGUAUAUGUCAGUACGACAUUCGAAGAUUGUGUAUGUUGGACCUCGCCACCGAGAUUUGAGCAGUACGAGAUGGGCUCCCGUGCAGAAUGGCUCCAAAAUCAGGAUGAAUGAACGAUUCAGGGAGACUCGGAGAGAGGUGGUUAAACCCUCAGACGUAAACUCUAAUACUUUUACUCCGCAGCAUGUGAAAGUGCAGCAUAGUACGAUAUCUCCGACACCCACUUUAGUGGAAGAGCCUGAGGGUUCUG